GCGGGUGUCAUGGGCCGGGGCGGGGCGCGCUGAGGGGACGCGGGCCGGAGGGACGCGGGGCUGGGCCAUGGCCGGCGCUCGGGCCGCCGCCGCCGCCUCGCCGGGGGCCUCGACGGCCGCGGGCAGCCCGCCGCCGCGGGAGCCGGGGCUCGGGGAGCUGCUGGAGGAGUUCUCGCGGACCCAGUACCGGGCCCGGGACUGCGGCGGCGCGGGCGGCUCCAAGGUGGAGCGCAUCGAGAGGCGGUGUCUGGAGCUGUUUGGCCGAGACUACUGUUACAGCGUGAUCCAGAAUGUGAACGGGGAGAUCUGCGGCCACUACCCACAGCACAUCGUGUUCUUGGAGUAUGAGAGUUCUGAGAAGGAGAAAGACACGUUCCAGAGCACCGUGCAGGUGAGCAAGCUGCAGGACCUCGUCUACCGCAGCAAGACCGCCAGGUGCAGAGGACGCUUUGUCUGCCCAGUGAUCCUGUUCAAGGGCAAGCACAUUUGCAGGUCAGCCACGCUGGCGGGGUGGGGGGAGCUGUAUGGACGCACUGGCUACAACUAUAUUUUCUCAGGGGGUGCUGAUGAUGCCUGGGCAGAUGUGGAGGACGUCACGGAGGAGGACUGUGUUCUUCGAAGUUCCGAAACUCACCUCUUUGAUAAGGUCCGAGGCUAUGACAUCAAGCUGCUUCGGUACCUGUCUGUCAAGUACAUCUGUGACCUGAUGGUGGAGAACAAGAAGGUGAAGUUCGGCCUGAAUGUAACCUCCUCCGAGAAGGUGGACAAGGCCCAGCGCUAUGCUGACUUCACCCUCCUCUCCAUCCCGUAUCCAGGCUGUGAAUUUUUCAAGGAAUAUAAGGAUCGGGAUUACAUAGCUGAAGGGCUCAUUUUUAACUGGAAUCAGGACUACGUUGAUGCCCCACUGAGCAUCCCUGACUUCCUGACUUGCUCUCUGAAUAUUGACUGGAGCCAGUAUCAGAGUUGGGACCUGGUGCAACAAACACAAAACUACCUGAAACUGCUGCUUUCCAUAAUCAACAGUGACGAUGACAGCGGGCUGUUGGUGCACUGCAUCUCAGGCUGGGACCGCACCCCCCUCUUCAUCUCCCUGCUGCGCCUUUCCUUGUGGGCUGACGGGCUCAUCCACACGUCCCUGAAGCCUGCUGAAAUCCUCUAUCUAACCGUGGCCUACGACUGGUUCCUCUUCGGGCACAUGUUGGUAGACCGGCUCAGCAAAGGAGAGGAGAUUUUCUUUUUCUGCUUCAAUUUUUUGAAGCAUAUCAUCUCUGAGGAGUUCUCUGCUCUGAAGACACAGAGGAGGAAGAGUUUGCCCACCCGGGAUGGCUUCACCCUGGAAGAUAUCUGCAUGCUGAGACGGAGAGACCGUGGCAGCACCACCAGCCUUGGCAGCGACUUCUCCCUGGUCAUGGAGAGCUCCCCAGGCGCCGCCGGGAGCUUCACCUAUGAGACUGUGGAGCUGGUCCCCGCAGGAGCACAGACUCAGGCAGCUUGGAGGAAGAGCCACUCGUCCUCUCCACAGGGCGUGCUCUGGAGCCGGCCGCAGCCCGCGGAGGAACGCCUGCCCUCCCAGCAGGGGCUGGCGGAAGCCAGGUCUUCCAGCUCCUCAUCCUCAAACCAUUCUGACAACUUUUUCAGGAUGGGUAGCAGUCCCCUGGAAGUCCCCAAACCCAGAUCAGUGGACCAUCCCCUGCCCGGAUCCUCUCUCUCCACAGACUUUGGCAGCUGGCAGAUGGUCACGGGCUGUGGCAGUAUUCAGGAGCGGGCUGUCCUGCACACAGACUCCUCCCUCCCUUUCAGCUUCCCGGAUGAGCUCCCUAACAGUUGUCUGCUCACAGCCCUGAGGGAGCGGCAGACGCGGCUGCAGGAGGUGCGCUCGGCCUUCUUGGCUACGUACAGCAGCACGGUGGGGCUCCGCGCAGCGGCCCCCAGUCCUUCUGGCGCCAUCGGGGGCCUGCUGGAACAGUUCGUGCGAGGUGUCGGGCUCCGGGGCACCAGCAACAGCACCUUAUGAAGCAGCCGUCCCGCAGCAGUCGCCUGCGCCUCUCACCUGAGCCCUAAGUGGAAUCAAAGCCAUGCCUGGCCCAGGGGUACUUAAAGGUUGGGGGAGAGCUCCUCACUCCUCCGCCUCCAGCACGCGCAUGGCAGCCCCAGAGCUGAGCAGGGCCAAGGACAAGGUGUUCCAACCCCCGCUUCCUGACUGUGACCACCCCCCUCCGCCACUGCCUCCCACCCACCCUAGUCUGCCGGAUUCCUGUCAGCUCUCAACUGUGGGGUUCCCCUGAGGCCUUGUGGAGGCCACGGCUUCACGAGAGACCCCUCCUUCCCUUAUCUCCGGUGGAGGGAGUCACCUGCACUGAGAUGAGGCAGUUUGACACAGAUCACAAAAUAAAAUCAAAGUCUUUUUGAACAGC